CUUUUUUUUUCAGCUAAACAACAUGUCAGGAACAACAUUAAAGCCACGUAGCAUGACAGCAGGUGCACGUAAUGUGCUUCGUUCGAAUGAUUCAGCAAGUUUAUGGAACUGUACUCUAUCUCCUGGUUGGACAGAAGAAGAAUCUGAAAUAUUACGAAAAGCUCUAAUGAAAUUUGGCAUUGGUAACUGGGCCAAGAUUAUCGAAAGUGGAUGUUUGCCUGGUAAAACCAACGCUCAAAUGAACCUUCAGCUGCAACGUUUACUCGGUCAACAGAGUACAGCAGAGUUUGCGGGAUUACAUAUUGAUCCAAAGGUGAUUGGAGCAAAGAAUUCAAAGAUACAAGGUCCACAUAUUAGACGUAAAAAUAAUUGUAUUGUGAAUACAGGUGGCAAAUUAUCCCGUGAAGAACUGAGAAAGAGAGUAGCAAGUAAUAAAGAAGAGUACGAACUUCCGGAAGAAGUAUGGAAAAAUAUAGAGUUACCCAAAGUCGAAGAUCCAUUGAUUAUCCUUGAGCAAAAACGAGCCGAGAUGAAGAGAUUGAAAGAAGAGCUUACAAAGGUACAGGCAAGUAUCUUGAAGAUGACAAAUGCACAACCUGACAGAAUGGAUAAAUUAAAGUUUGAAGUGACACAAUCACCAUCUGUGUCUACACCAGGAACACCUGUAACCGAGGAUAAAGAACAAAUAAAGAUAAUAGAUGAUGAAGAUGAAGAUAUUAUUAUAGGAGAUGCUAAUAGAGAAAUAGAAGAAGAUGAUGAAUGUGAGGAUAUGCAAACAAGCUUAUUGGAUCAAGAUUAUGCCUUGGCUAUGAAAUUACAACAAGAAGAAGAGGAUGAAUUAGCAGGAGAAUACGAAAACUUGGAUUACAGUGAUGACGAUGAUGAGGAUUUUAACCAGACCAAGAAAAGAAAAGUUACACGUAAAUGAGCCUUAAAUCCUUUUUUUGUUAUUUUUGUGCUAAGCAGAACAGUAAUAAAAUUCAAAAACCAGCC